AUAUUGACCAUCUAUACAUUCUGAUUGAAAUCCCAUCACAAACGCUCUGACUUUUUUCCGAGCCAAAAAGAAAUGGAGGGUCUGCCCUCUGGGUAUCGUCCCAAUGUUGGAGUCUGUCUCAUAAACUCCGAUGAUCAGGUUUUUGUGGCGUCAAGAUUGAAUGUCCCAGGAGCAUGGCAAAUGCCUCAGGGUGGUAUUGAAGAUGCUGAAGAGCCAAGGUCUGCAGCAGUUAGGGAAUUACGAGAGGAGACUGGAAUAGUUUCUGCUGAAAUAAUUGCUGAGGUUCCAAAGUGGUUGACUUAUGACUUCCCACCUGCUGUGAAGGCCAAAGUGAAUCGUCUGUGGGGAGGUGAAUGGCAUGGGCAGGCACAGAAGUGGUUUCUUAUGAGAUUAACAAAAGAUGAUAGUGAGGUCAACUUAGCAAGUGGAGAAGUAGAUCCAGAAUUCUCCGAAUGGAAAUGGGCAAGUCCUGAUGAAGUCGUUGAGCAGGCAGUGGACUACAAACGGCCGACGUAUGAAGAAGUUAUUAGAACCUUCAGACCUUACCUCAAUGAAAGUGGACAAUCUGCUAAGUGUCAGUCAACAAAAUGGUGAAUGUAGUAGUGCAUGUGUUUUACAGCUCCUUCAAUGUUUCUAACACACUUCAAUCAUAAAAUUUGAAGUGUAGGAUUUUACUUUGUUCUUUGUAAAUGGUUGUGGCCGUUAAACCUUCAAAUUAGGUGGUGGUUUAAUUGUAAUAAAGAUGUUUCUGCAAUAUUUCACCAUUUUCCAUGA